AUGAUUGUUGUUUCUGUUUUAAUUGCAUCUGGUAUAACUGGAUUUGAAGAUCGUUGUGCGUAUGAGCGUCGUUUUCCAACAUGUCCACAAAUUCCUGUGGUGCUUGAUUGCGAAAUCACGCACGAUCAAUGGAAUGAAGAACGAUCACGUCGCGAAACUAUUAGGAGGUGCAAAUUGGCUGUUGAGGCUCCUUAUCUGCUGAAGAAAAUUAUUGGCGUGGAUGUCGUAUAUUUUAUCCAAACAAAUACAUUAGAUCUUAAGACCAGAUGUUUGAUUAUCGAUGCCGUUAACGAAAGCUUUGCAAAUCGAGUUGGUGUUGUUGAAAAGUGCAGAUAUUACGUCCAUCCAGAAAAUCCAUCUUGGACUUGCUUUGAUCAGACAGCAUCUCUUGAUAUUAAAAACUUUUUUGGUUUCGAAAGUGCAAUGGAAAAAUUGGCCAUGAAACAAUAUUCACAAAAUAUAGCGAAAGGAAAAGAAUUGAUAGAAUACUUUGUAGAAGAACUUAAAAAGGAAAACAUUACUUAUGUUAGUCCUUGGACAGCUCCAGCUAUUGAAGGAGAUCAUAUCUCAACUUUAAAUGAUAAUUCACAAAAUAAUUAUACAAGUAUGUCAAAAGAUGAUGUAAAUAAUGAGCAUGCUGGCAUGCAAGAAGAUCUUUUGAAUGCUGAAUAUAUUAAAAAAUGGUUUUGCGAUUUAACACCUCUGGAAGAAUCUCAGCUACUCCAAUUCAAAAAAGCAAUUUUGGAGGAUGACACAGAAGAGCCUCAGGAUUGGUUUACACUUCUUCGUUUCCUGAGAGCGCGUGAUUUUGAUAUUCAAGGAGCUAAAGAGAUGUUUCAAAAAAGUAUGUUGUGGCGAAAGCAAAAUAAUAUAGAUCAUCUGAAACAAACUUACAGAAUGCAUACGGUGCUGACUAAUCACUUUCCAGGAGGAUGGCAUAAUACUGACAUUGAUGGAAGACCAUUAUACCUAUUAAGACUUGGUCACAUGGAUGUUAAAGGUCUAAUCAAAUCUGUUGGGGAGGAGGGAAUAUUAAACUUGACUUUGCACAUUUGUGAAGAAGGGUUGAGCCGUAUUAUGCAAUCUUCGAGGAAAAUGGGUCGUGCGGUGCGUGGCUGGUGUCUCUUGGUAGACCUGGAAGGCUUAAAUAUGCGCCAUUUAUGGAGACCAGGAAUUCGAACACUUUUAAGAAUAAUUGAAACAGUGGAAGCAAAUUAUCCUGAUACUAUGGGUCGUGUUUUAAUCGUUCGAGCGCCGCGAGUUUUUCCAAUACUGUGGACCUUGGUUAGCACAUUUAUAGAUGAAAAUACCAGGAGUAAAUUUGUAUUUUUCUCUGCUGGUGAUAGUUUAGAUGGUUUAAAUACUUUGAUACCUGAGGAUUCUGUACCUGAUUUUUUAGGCGGGGACUGUAAAACACAAAUUCAUGAAGGAGGUCUGGUACCAAAAUCUUUAUAUAUUGUUGGUCAUCCUUCCAAUACGGUUGGUGAAAAUGGAGUACCUAGUUCUCCAGAACAUCAAUCUUUAUAUCACGCUAUUCAAUUAACACAAGGACAGGUUCAUGAAGUUUUAAUACAUAAUGUUGAUCCUAGAAGUGUAUUAACAUGGGAUUUUGAUGUGUUGGGACAAGCAAUAAAUUUCUCAGUAUAUCGAACAAAUCAAAAUAUUGAAGAAGUUGGCGGUAAAAGUUCUGUGCUGGAUAAUAAAAAUUGGAAAGAAGGGCAGCAGUAUCAUUCAGUUGAAAAAACUUUAAUUUGUAAAGAUGGUGAGAGCGUGCAGGGGUCACAUAUAAUGACACACUGUGGUACAUAUAUAAUGCAGUGGCGUAGGGAACAAGGAGCAAAACAAAGUUCUGGAUUGUCAAGAGUGAUGUAUUAUCAUGAGACUUUGAGUUCGUCAGAUUACAGAGGAUCAAUGACUAGUCUUCAAUCAGGACUGUCUGCAUUGAGCGUUUCUAGUUCUUGUUUGUCUCGGUGAUCUUUAUAAAUGUGCAUUUUCAUAAAAUGCACAAAUCAUUUAAGACUAAAUGAAUAUAAUUACGGAUACAAAAUAUUAGGUGGCAUAGUAAUAUAGUAAACAGUGACAAAAUGCUCAUAUAUGUGACACUUAAAACCUUAGCUUAAUUUUAAGUUUUAAUAGAAAAUGUUUUAUAUAGCAGACAUGCUAUCAAAAGAUCUUUGUAAAACUAAAUAUAUAAUUACAUAUUUAGAUGAAAUUUAUAUAUCAGGAAUACAUUAAAUCUUCCAAGAAAAUUAGAUCUACAAAAAUAUAUUAAAUAUAAU